CACCCCUUACUCCAAACAAUUCUCUCUAAAUAAAAGGAAUAAAAAACUGAAUAUAAAAAAAUAUUUAUGUGUAUUGUCUGUGAAAUUCUUUUCGAGGUUUAAGUAAAAAUGAAGAUGCACACAGAAGAAGUGAAGUUUUUUAAAAUGUGACUUAUUCAUUGAUAUUAUAUUGAAUAAUUAGAAGCCACAUCAUUAACUCGCAAGACGAUGCAGAAGCCACUGUCGGCCAAGAUAAAAGAUGGAAUAAAGCAACUGUCCAUCGAACCUUAUUUAUUCCUCAUUAUGUUUGGCUACAACGUGCGUCUCAUUUCACUGCAGAGCUUAUUCCACGACAGAGCAUGUCGAGUGUCACUCAAUUUCUCCCAGGACAUCUGCAAUGAAUUGGAGAGCGAUGACAAUACUGAUGAACAAAUAGCUGCAGUCACUUAUGGAAAUAAUUUGUACAACAUCUUUGUCAUGAUAUCUACAAUACCUGCCCUAAUUGUCGCCAGUUUUGUUGGCCCUUGGAGUGACAGGUACAGCAGAAAGUAUCCCCUCUUAAUUGCCACAGGUGGAGUUUUAGUCGACAGUUCACUACAGUGCAUCAUUACAUCAUUCCCCAAUGCCUCUCCAUAUUGGUUUCUUGUAAGUGCAACAAUUUCUGGGAGUUGCGGAGGGUUGAUUAUAAUGAUGUCAGGUACCUACAGUUACAUGUCAGACGUCACCACGGAAAGGUCAAGACAAGUUCGUUUCGCUGUUUUGGAAUUCUUUACUAUUUUGGCCACUCCUCUGGGAUCUCUGAUUGGUGGUGAAGUGUUCAAAGUUGGUGGAUACUUACCAGUGAUGAUCAUUGGUGCUUGCAGUUUUGCCUUAGGCUUACUCUGGGUUCGAUUCAUCGUCCUGGAAACUAAACCCAGGAGGUUUGACAUCACAAAGAAGCAGAUGUUCAACGACAUUUUUAAACAAGACAAUAUCAAAGAAAGCUUUAGGACUUGUAUUAAGCCAAGAGCCGGAAAUCUUAGACUACAAAUUUGGCUGUUGCUGUUUGUCAGUUUUUCAAUCAAGCUCGUACAUAUGGGUUCCCUAGCAAUUGGUUUUCCUUACACGAGGCACGUUUUCAAAUGGCAAGUGCCGCGCUUUUCCUACACGACAGCAUCGUUCAGCUCGUUGAAUGCCGUAACGACUCUCGCUUUGGUCCCGAUGUUGAACAAGAGGCUACUCGUGCAUGAAGCAGCAGUCGGAUUGGUUGGAAUACUGUCACUUAUGGCAAAAAUGGUCAUAUUUUCAGUCACCGUAUACGAAUGGCUUAUAUUUUACGCCUGGAUAUCUGGAACUUUAUUUGCAUGCGGUGGUAUUGCAGUUCGAUCAAGAAUAUCAAAACUAGUCAGCAGACAUGAGUUAGGUACGUACAUGCUUCUUUAA